AAGAACUCAUCAAAUAUUCAGAUCCGAAAAAGGGCGAGCAACAAUUACAAAACAGUAGAGCGCAACGCAUAACGAGAGUGCCAGUGCCUGUGCCAGUGGCAGCGGCAGUGACAGCAACGGCCAAAGCGGGAACGGCCAGUUGUGGUCCGACAACGCACUGAAUAUCAAGCGCCAGGCCAGCCCACACCACAUCAACAACAAUGGCGAGUCCCCGCCUGCCACUGUUUCCCAUCGAGCCUGAGCCGCCAGCAACGCCCACACAGCGGCUUACGCUCUUGGCAACCCGCUUUCUACGUGCAUUGCAAUUAAACUGGAGGAUUAUCUUGUCCGGCAUCACGCUGACGCUCUUGGCUGUCAUCUGGUAUUAUCCCACGUUCUUCUUGUUCUUCGCCUUCGUCGUCUACUCCCUCGUUUUGGUGUUUUCGGCUGUUGCCGGCACCGUCUACAUACAUUAUAUUUUCACCACCAACGAAUCGGCUAGGCCCAGUCGAUUGCCCUCCAAACUUCUUUACAAUGCCACAAAAAGCACCAUCUUCGAUCUGCCAAAGCCCAUCAAGAAUCCAUCGAAUUUACCUUUGAUCUUUGGCAAAACAGUCGAUCUGCAGCUGCAGCAGAUAAUCGAAUACGUUCUUCGCGACUUCAUGCUGCCCUGGCUGGGCUACGUGGUCACGAAGCCGAAGCUAAUCAACGAUGUGGUGCGUGAGGAUCUGUGGAACGCCAUACAGAAGAUCCAUGAGCGCGCCAGCAAAAUGGAUCCCGCCAAGAUCAUAGCCGUGGACAUGGUGAAUCGCGUCACCGUCCACCUGGAAAAGAUUCGCAUUGCCGAGGCUCGAGCGGCCGAGACGAAUACGGCGCCAGUGUUCAGCAAAAACUCCUACCUGUCCGACGAGGCCAUGGAGAUGGAGUUUCUGCGCAAGCUGUGCGAAAUUAUGGUGAUCUUGCUGUUGCCACGCGGCUACUCCCUUCCACCGCUCAAGAUGUUGCUCAGCGAAAUCUUAUCCUAUAAGAUCUUCUUUCCCAUGAUCAACAUGCUCACCGCACCCGACUACAUAAACCAGAAGGUGGUGCAGAACAUCGAAGCGCGACUGGCUGCGGCGGCGAUGAACAAGCGGAGCUAUGAGUAUGCGGCCAGCUUUGAGGACUUCCUCAAGAUUAUCAACAACUCGGGAAGCCUGGAGGAGCUUUCGCUCAUCCGCAAGAGCAUCGUGAACGACCUGAUGCAUGCCACAACCAUGCAGAACUUACAACGUGCCAAAGGUCUCGAUCCGGACCAUGAGGACCACUCCCUAUCCAAAUCUGAGCUGACGGCGGCCGUGCGGCUCAAGCGCUACGUCCGCCAGUUGAUCUUGGCCAAGGCCGAGUGCGAAAAGAAUCUGGCGAAAUUUGGCUGUAACGGCAACUACUCUAGCGACAUAGAUCUGACGCUAGAGGAAAUACUGAACACGACCGUGGGCCGCAGGUUCUUCACCCUGUUCCUGGAGCCGCUGAAGGCUAGCGCCUUGGUCGGAUUCUACCUCUCCGUGGAGGAGAUCAAGCAUGCUCACAAAAGUGCUAUCCACCAACUGGGCACGGAGGUAUUCUACACGUACAUCCGAGUACCCAAGUCUGAGAUCCAGAUCGACAAGCACGAUCGCAAGCUGAUCGAGACCUUUCUUUUGGGGGAUGCCGAGCCGGACAUCUUCUACGACAUCCAGCGCAACAUCCUACUCACUCUCGAGGAAAAGUACUAUCCACCAUUUGUGCUCAGCAGUCAGUACCGCCAGCUAAAACUGGCGCUGGACUCGAACGAACUCAUCGAUCCCACCUUGAUGGAGUGCCCCGCAAUUGGGAGUGUAUCCGAUCAACACGACGAGCACCCCAGAGUCACUGAUGGUCUCAAUGGCAGGGCCAUCGAUGUCGCCGCCCACACGUCGUAUGCACGGCGGAAGCUGGAGCAGAUACAGGAGCGCAUUGACAAGAAAAAUCAGGCCCUGGACGCCCUUAAGUACUCAGUCAAGCCGGAGUCUAAGGUUCUAUCCAUACUCGAGAAGGAGAUGGAGUGGCUGAAGAGCGAGAAGCGUCAAACGGAGGCACAUCUCCGGCGAACCGACGCUUGGACCGAGCAUCUAGGCAAGUGGAAGGCCACCAUACAAAGUGUGGAGUUUUCCUUCUCGGCACAGGUUUCUGAUGAAAAAGAGUCGCUGCAGUUCAUGAUACUUGUCCAUGUGGACGAGGACAUUAACGCUCCCCCGCAGACAAUGGCAAAGAAUGGGGACAGCAGCAGCGCCAAGCCCCACAAACGGCCCUCGGGCAUAUCCAGCGGCUGGGUGGUCAUGCGAUCCCUUAAUCAAGUCCAUGAGCUGCAACGAAAACUGCGACACGUGAGUUCGAAUCUGAAGACACUCGACUUACCCACCAACUUCAAGUUCUUCUUCCUGAAGACGGAUCGGCAUGGCCAGGAGAAGGCCAAGGGACAAAUCCAAAAGUUUAUUAAUUUCAUACUCGAAGACGAUCAUCUAAAUUGCAGCGAGGCUAUUUAUACGUUCCUUAGCCCCAGCUCAGACCACCUGAAGCAGACGCUGCCCUCGCCCAAAAAGUCAAAGUUCUCGCUCUCCACGCUGUUUAAGAGCGACGCUGGAAAGGCUCACGAAUCCAGCAAGGCGACAGAUCCGUUCUGGGGCUUGCAGCGCGACGACGAGGACAUCUCCACAUACCUAGACGGAGAGUCCGGUAUCGAUGCCAGUCGAUUGAUGGCCGACAUAGACAGCAAGGACUCUAUAGCAGAGCCCAUGUACGCUCUCAUGGGCGAGAUAUUCGACAUGGGCGGCGUCUUCAAAUGGCUGCGCAAGAGCAUUAUCUCCUUUGUGCAGAUCACGUACGGCCGGACGAUUAAUCGACAGAUCCGCGAAUCGAUCACUUAUCUCUUUGAGGAGUCUAUGCUGCACAACUACUUCUCAGCCAUACUGAAAUCGUUCUGGCCAGGCGGUGUCCUCGCCUCCGCGUAUCCUGCGCGCUCCGACGACAUGCGGGAGAUGUCCAGCACGGCGGCCAAGGCUCUGCUCACCGACCACAUACCCGAGGUGCUCUGUAAUCUGGUGGGGGCUCAGGCGGCCAAGCGAGGCGUCCUCAAGGUCUUUGAGGCGCUCCAGAACCCCGCUUAUAACAAGCAGCUCUUCUACGACCUACUGGAGAUACUCAUGAUUGAGUUCUUCCCCGAAAUCCGGCAGCUUCGAGUGAACAAUAGCAAUGGCACCAAGCUGAACACAGCUACUGCGGGGGCUGCAGCUGUUUCUGCUGCAGCAGCACUAGCAGCCGCCACAGCAGCAGCCUCCCUACCCCUGAGCCAUGGCAGUGGAAGCGGCCAGAGCAUCGCCUCUCAAAACCAUCACCAGCAAGCAUCAUUGUCAUCGACAUCGCUGUCGUUGUCCACAUCGUCGGCUUCAGGUGGCAGUCAAGCGCAGUCCCACUAUCAUCAGGGAUCCCAUCAUCAUCAGUAGAAUCAGCAGAAGGGGCAUCCUGCAAACUCAGGCAGCUCCAAGUAGAAGCACACUCGUAUUGCUUUUUUUAUACCACCAAGUAUAUAUAUUCUAGAUCAGCA